UGUAAUAACAUAUUGAUUCGUUGAUAUAUCUGAACAACAUCUAAAACCAAGUAUUACACUGAAAUCUUGAUCUGAAUGUAGUUUACGGUCUUCUGAAAUAUAAUAUAUAUAAUUCAGUUAGUAAUAGGCCAUUAAAAAUAUAUAACCACCAAUUAUAAAAGAAAGAAGAUAUUUAUCUCGCUGUGAACUGGAUGCCACAGUAGUAUCCUACGACUUGUGGGGCAAUAGCAUAAGAUUUAAUCGGGCGUAAUUAUUUGAUUUCUAUAGGAUUUUAUUUUCUACAACAAUGUGACCAUGGACUAAUUGAUAAUUGUAUACAUUUAAGUACAAUUAUUAGACAUAACAAAUAUUCUGUGACGUCUGAAAAUAACUUAAUAAUUAUUAUGUGCGAAAAUUAUGUCUGUACUAUUACAAAAAUAUCAUAUUCGAAAUCCCUUUUAGACUUGAAGGCAAAAAUUUGUUUCAUUUUUUUUUUUUUGACAUUGUGUUAAAAUUUUAUUAUACAAGUUCGCCUCUUUAAAAUUGUAAGAUUGUAAUAUUUCACAUGUUCAGGAUUAUUACAAAAUAAGUAAUCAAAUAGAAGGAUAAUGAAAUAAAUUUCAAACCUAUACAAAAAUUGUUGUAAAACUACAAAGACAACUGGUGAAUUUAAAUGCAUGUUAAAUCAACUUAUUAUAAAUCAGUUUACUAUACAAAUAAUUCCUACUGGUAAGGAACAUGUAUUAUAUAUUUUUAACGAUCACAUUUUGCAUGUCCCAUUGAGUUCGCCAUUCCACUUUUUUAAAAACAGAAUAUGAAGUAAGCAAUGAUUGUAUAUGCAGCAAUCUCUGUUGGAUUAUAUAGACUUCGUGUUGAAACGACAUAGAUUAGCAAUUUGAAGUGUGUAUGUUUGCCAGAUUUUCACUACGCGCCUGAAUAAGAAUGCCAUUUGUAAAGAAAUAAAUGUAAACACUUGUCAAAACGAUGUUUACCCAGUUAUGUAAAGUUUAAACACUCGCACGAUGUUGCAAAUGCAUCAAAACGAAGACCUGUAACAGCUUUUAAAAAAAAUGGUGAGUUUUUAAAGGCGCUGGACUGUCCAGAAGUGUGGCCCCUUCAUGCAGUCCCUUUCCGGAAUUCAAUACAUAUAUGAGUAAAUUGACAAUGGUUUUGUAGAAUAAUAUAAAUGUUUUAUACGCUGUUAAAUUUUCAUGUAAAACAAUGCUUUCUUUCUAUGAUUUGCUGACGUUCGAACUUUUUUCUCCGAAACAUGGACCUAUACCUUAAGGUUAAUGUUUAUGCCAAACUAUUUCAAAAUUCCUUCAUGGAUAGCAGAUCGAGUUACAGCCCGGACAAGAAUUUACAAAAUCACAGUCGGACGGACGGACAAUGUGAAGUUAAUAUGCCCAUCUUCGAGGCAUAAAAAAACAAAACAUACUGCAGUGUAAAUAAGAAGUUAUUUGCUGAAACAUCGUUAAAAAAUGUAAGAAUGCUUUUGAUAAAUAAAACCUAAAAUUAUCAACCGCUUUUGUAAAAUUCUUGAAAAAGAUAUAUACUAAUUAACGUAAUACUAACAAAAUAUAUUAUCAAAAUCUGAAAAGUGGAUCCCUCGGAAGCACUGAUGACAAGGCUAAUAGUGAAUAUUGCAAAUUCAAUUUGAUUGAGACCGCAUUAACUGUAGUUGGUUAAUUUUGUAUACUAGUCAGCAGUGUACAUGUAUCUAGAUAAUUUGCAAUCAUGCUUUGCACGGAAUGUCACGGAUCAGAGGGAUAGACUGGCUAUAUUUAUCACUACAACCCGGCAAACUGUAUGAAAUCUAAAGUGGUAGUAUAUUCGUGGCAUGUUGUAGAUCUUGAAUGUAAUUUCAGUGGUGUCACAUGAGGUUUGCGUGAACAAUUAGUUUGAGGUUUAACACGCGAACCAAUUGGACGUAGUGUGUUUUUUACAUAAUAAAAGAUCUAUGCGCAUGCGCGAGAAAUGGUGGUGCAAAAUUUUUCAGGAUAAAAAAAUAUGGAAAAUACGUUAAAUAAGUGAUAGGAUAGCUAUAAUAUUAUGUGACUUAUGGUGUAUCUUGUAAGUGAUUGGAUUACUGAUGACAAGAAAACGUAAAAAGACUAAAGAAUCACCAAGGAGUAGUCAGACCGAGAUCAAACGACAGACAACAAUGGCUCAAAAUGGCGGGAUACAGGGCAUUCAAUAUAGCCCAAACGCAGGUUAUCAGGCAAGUCAAACUUUUAAUAUGCAACAAAUGCCGCAAAUGUAUCAGCCAAAUGCGCCGUACACGGGAAUGAACUCAGCAUCACCCGUGUUGCAAGCCUGCAGCACACCAUCUACCCCAACAAUGCAGACAUUUUCAAAUCAAAAACAUGGACAUGUUUACAAUGUUAUUUCAAAGGCUGAAUUCUAUGGAUGAUAAGUUGUCACAAUUAAGCGAGAUUAAAAACAGCAUGAAUCAAAUGACCGUUAGAAUGGACAUAAUGGAUAAAAAGAUCAAUGAAGUCGAGGGCAAGAUCAAGGACAUUGAAUCGAGCAGGCAGUUUGACACGAAAACAUUAGAUGAUAUAUGCAAUAAGCAAACUGAACUCGAGUCCAUGAUGAAGUCGUUGAAAAAAAUAGACUCUAAACAAAAAUCGAAAGAAGAAGAACUUAGAAAUGAAGUAGUGGAUUUAAAAUGUCGCAGCAUGAGGGACAAUUUGAUGUUCUAUAAACUUCCUGAAGAAAAGGGUGAAAAUUGUGAAGAGAAAGUAUUAGACUUUAUUGAGAACGAGCUUCAAAUUGAAAACGCAAAACAGGAAAUCAAGUUACACCGUGCACAUAGAGUUGGAGCGUACAGAAACACGAACGUCCGUCCGAUAGUCGCAAAAUUUGCAUACUAUCCAGACAGGGAGAGAGUUCGCAAAGCAUCAAAGAAAUUAGCAGGCAAACCAUUUGGCAUUGGCGAGCAAUUCCCUAAGGAGAUAGUAGAGACCCGGCGUAAGUUGAUCCCGAUCAUGAGGAAGGCUAAACAGGAUGGUAAACAGGCUUACUUAAGCGUUGACAAACUGUACAUUAACAAUGUGUUAUAUACUGGUGACUAGGAGGUAAACGGGGGUGUUCUGAAAUGCUUAAGUUGGAACGUUGAGGGACUUACUCUCGAAAAGAGAUCAUCGCCUGAUUUUGUUCAACUUUUACAAGACCAUGAUAUCAUAUGUUUGAGUGAGACAUGGACUAAUAAAUCUUCAAAUGUAAAUUUAAAGGGAUAUAGUAAUCCUAUUCAUUCCUAUAGACGAUUUCAACAUAGAAAUGCAAAAAGAUCGAGUGGUGGACUGAUUAUAUAUAUUAAGGAUACAAUAAGAAAGGGUGUUAAAUUAGUUAAAAAUGAUAUAGAUUGUUUAAUUUGGUUGAAAUGCGAUACAUGUUUUUUUUUAAUAUUGAGGAUGAUGUAUAUUUGGGAUUUGUAUAUGUAGACCAGAGUCUUCUCCGGUACACAAUAGGUACAAUGUCGACAUUUUUCGGCAACUAGAAAUUGAUAUUAAGGAAUAUCAAGAAAAAGGCUGCGUAUUCGUUUCUGGAGACAUGAAUUCGCGAAUAGGCCGUAAAACCGAUUUUAUCAAUAAUGAUCACGCGCUAGGCAAUACUGACCCGCUUUUAAUUGAUGCACAUUUACCGCGAGCGACACGGGAUUUCACAACAAACCGUUUUGGUGAUAAUCUCAUUGACAUCUGCCGAUCUACUAAUAUUCGCAUUGUUAACGGACGGCUAUAUGGAGAUCAAAAUGUAGGGAAAUACACAUGCAUGACCUAUAAUGGGGAAAGUAUAGUUGACUAUGUGCUAACUUCCCAAUCAAAUUUUGAUAAACUAGCAAACUAACAUAUGUGAUUUUAAUGAAUUUUCAAAUCAUGCUCCGAUACUAUUUUCGCUAAAAACAAUGACUAACAAAACGUUCAAUACAGGUACUUUCCGAAAUUACUAUAAGUGGAACCCGAAAUACAAAGAAAAUUUUGUGAAUGAUGUAAUGACGGGUAGCAGAAAUCUUGAGUUACAUCUGCAGGAAAACAUAAAUAACGGUUGUGAUUCAGACUCGUUAGCUAAUAUAUUUACUAAUUUCUUUCAAGUAAAGGCAGAUAAAUACUAAAUACCGUUAGGUACGGUGGUACAUAUUUCACAGAUACGGACAGAUAUAAGAAUAAAUGGUUCAAUGAUGAGUGUCAGCAAAAACGUGAGUUAUACAAACAAGCAUUGUAUCAAUACAAUUUAAAUACUAACGACGUUACUCGACAAUGUCUUAUACAUAAGAAGCGAGAUUGCAAAAAUACAUGUAAGAGAAGUAAGUCAAAUUUCCAUCGCGAGUUGAGUAAAAAACUGAACGAAAUGAGAAGAAAAACGCCGCGCGAAUUUUGGAAAAUGUUUAAACGAAAUACACAAAAUGAUAAUAAUGAAAACAUAACUCUUGAUCAAUUUUAUGAACAUUUUAAACAAUUGGCCGCAGCUGAACAUGAAAAUAAUGAAGAAUAUAUAGAGUUUUUGCAAAAUUUCGACAAUAACGUUGAUUUGUCAAACCCUUCAUUCCAGGAGCUUGAUAACCCUAUAACGGCGUCAGAAAUAUUACGCGCGUCAAAGAAGCUUGGUAAUAAUAAAGCUUGUUCGCUCGACAAUAUUUUUUGCGAAUAUUUAAAAGAAACUAUACAGGUAAUAGUCCCGUCGUUAGAAUUAUUUUUUAACCAUAUACUUAAUACAAAAACAUUCCCCCGAAGCUAGUCUUCGGGCAUUAUUAUACCGUUAUAUAAAAAAGGAGAUAAUACGGACCCAAAUAACUUUAGAGGUAUAACUUUGAUAAGCUGUUUCGCGAAACUAUUCACUGUUAUUAUUAAUGAACGGCUUGAACAGUGGGCUGAGCAAAACGGCAUUUUGACCGAUGCACAGUUUGGAUUCAAAAAUAGAUAUGGAACAGUGGAUGCUGUCUUUAUUUUGCAUUCUUUGAUUGAGAAUCAGUUCAAGAAUAAAAAUAAUUUGUUUUGCUGCUUUGUGGAUUACCAGAAAGCUUACGAUUUAAUUGACAGAAAUUGUUUAUGGUUUAAAUUAAUUAAACUAGGAAUAGACGGAAAAAUGCUUUCACUUCUUAGGUCUAUGUACAAUGAAGUAAAAUUAUGUGUUAGGCACAUGAAUACUUUGUCUGUUUUUUUCAAAUGUGAAAUCGGAUUAUUUCAAGGGGAAAUUACUUCACCAAUUAUGUUCUCGUUAUUCUUAAAUGAUAUUGAAAUGCCCUUACAACAAAAUAUAAACGCAGGUUUAACAGUUGAGCAGAUAUAAAUUUUUUUGAUAUUAUUUGCAGAUGAUGCGGUAUUGUUAUCCGAAACUAUGGAAGGAUUACAGAACUCGCUGAAUAGCUUAGAGCAGUAUUGUAAUAAAUGGAAGUUAACGGUUAAUGUUCAAAAAACCAAAAUAGUAGUUUUUCGUAAGGGUGGGGCACUGAAUAGGCAAUAUAGAUGGUCAUAUGCUGGAAACGAAAUAGAAAUUGUACAAAACUUUAAUUAUUUGGGAAUUGUUUUUUCAAGCGGGGGAUCGUUUGUGCAAGCAACUAAUACGCUCAGUGGAAAAGGUCUCAGAGCUAUGAACAUGUUAUUUAGCGUUACAAAGAAUUUACAUACACCGAUUCACAUAAUGUUUAACUUGUUUGAUUCAUAUGUAUUGUCAAUUUUGAACUAUAAUUGUGAAGUAUGGGGUUUCCUUAAGGCAGAAAAUAUAGAACGUGUACAUAAGAAAUUUUGUAAAUGGUUACUAAAUGUGAAAAUGACUACUAACACUUUAUCCUUGUAUGCUGAAUGUGGUAGAUUUCCUUUAUAUAUUGAAAGGCAUGUUCGUAUUAUUAAGUAUCGGUUAAAGCUGAAUACAUCAAAAAGUGAAAAUUGCAUUCUCUAUCAUAUAGUAAAGAAUCAAAGAUAUAGUAUAGAACACAAUCAAAAUGUCAGUAACUGGACAUCCAAAGUGCGAAAAUUGUUGCAAGACUCGGGUUUUGAAGAAAUUUGGUUAUUUCCGGAAUCUGUAAAUAUAAAUAUGUUUAUACCAGAAUUUAGGCUAAGACUGAGAGAUAUUUAUAUUCAGAACUGGCGUACAAAUAUGAACACGUGUACAUCGUUAUACAUAUACAGAGAAAUUAAGUUGUCAUAUGUAAAAUCUGAAUACUUAGAAAUUUUAGACAAUAAAAAAUACAGAAAUGUAAUUGCAAAGUUAAGAUUAAGUUCACACAAUCUUGCUAUUGAAACGGGAAGACAUAGACAAGUAGAUAGAAGUCAAAGAAAAUGUACCAUGUGUGAUUUGAAUGAUUUAGAGGACGAAUUUCACUUUGUUUUAAAAUGUCCAUAUUAUAGUAAUCUUAGGCAGCAGUUUAUUCCAAGAUAUUAUGUAAGACACCAGAGCGUUUUUAAAUUUAUAUCUCUUAUAAACUCGGAUAGGAAAUCAGUAUUAAUAAAACUAGCUAAAUUUUGUAUACAAGCAUCUGAGGUUAGAAACCAGGUAAACAUAAAUUAAAGUUUGUUGUUGAUAUUUUAUCUAUAAUGUCAAGGUACCGACUGUAGUUUAAAGUUAGUUUAAACAUAUUUAUUUCGUAAUGUACAUUUAAGAAUGACAACUGACAUGACUACACACAAUAGGAAAAGGAUUGGAACGAUAGAAUUAACUAAAAUAGUUCCUCUCCUUACAGAUAAAUUACAUACAAUAAUGGCAGGCAUUAAAUAUACGAUCUUAAAUACAUUACAUCUAGUUUAAAGUUGAUGUACAUUUGCCACGAUUGUUAUACAUUUAUUGGGCGAUGUAAAUGAACACUCUCACACGUUUUGACAAGUUUUGACUGUAUUGACAGGACGGACCCUUUCAAGAACAUGUCGAGCUAAACGGUGUCAAGAAAAACGUGCCAGUAACAGUGACAUUGAACCAAAAGCAAAAAGCCUUAGCAAUUGUUAAAUACACAAGCGGCAAAAACAAAAUAACAAGUGACAA